CGUAAUGUACCACUAGCGUUGCCUUCACUCUGCUACUGUUGUAUCCCAUCAGUUAGCGCUAACGGCAGAAAGCAGCCGGUUUGACCCGUUACGAGCUUUGUGUUCUUUUUAUAAAUCCCACCAGCAGCCGCCAAAAUGAUCUCCCUCACGGAUUCACAAAAAAUUGGGAUGGGGCUAACGGGGUUCGGUGUGUUCUUCCUCUUCUUUGGGAUGAUGCUGUUUUUCGAUAAAGCUCUCCUCGCCAUUGGAAAUGUCCUGUUUGUGUCAGGUCUGUCCUUCGUCAUUGGCCUGGAGCGAACGUUCAGAUUCUUCUUCCAGAGACACAAAGUAAAAGCCACCAGCUUCUUCCUGGGAGGCGUUUUGGUGGUUCUGAUCGGCUGGCCGAUCAUUGGAAUCGUUCUGGAGCUCUACGGUUUCUUCCUCUUAUUCAGGGGAUUCUUCCCUGUGGCGGUUGGCUUCAUCAGGCGAGUUCCUGUACUGGGCUCUUUGCUCAGUUUACCAGGAAUCCGAACACUGGUGGAUAAAAUUGGAGAGAGCAACAACAUGGUAUAACAGAGGAAGGCUUUUGUAUUGGAGGAGAGUUUCAGUAUUUAUCAGAGUUCCUAAUAGUGACUGUAUGUUUUGGUCAUUGCCACUCCAGAACUGUGAAUGAAUCCAAACAAAGUGUAUCUGUGGAUGUUUGACUGACAUCAUGAUGUUUUGUAUCUGACUGCCAAGAGAUUUUUCUGUUUAUUUUAAAAAGCUGGAAGCAGGUCUCCCAUUUUGUAUCAUUCCUGUCUGAUAUUUAUGGACUGAUAACUUGGGACCAGUGGAUUAACUCGGCGGAGUGUCAGGAGGUCUUUACAGCAUCCUCUCCUCCAGAUUGCGUGCCUCGACCGUCACGGAGAGCUUUUUUCUGAGGUCCUCAAUGAAGCGUUACUGGAAUUUUGUACAUUGAUAAAAUAAAUAACGUGGAGAUAAAUGUUAAAGAACUGUUGUGGAGAAGUUGAAGAGGCUUGUUACGGAGAUGUUUUACUGUAACUUUUGUAAGUGCAUACUUGGAAUAAAGUGUGUCUUUUAUACGUU